GAGAGUGGCAUUUGGGUGCCAUCGUUUUCCGAUGACAUCUGCAUUCCUGUGUCCUGUGGGACCCCACAGUCUCCAGAGCAUGGAUUUGUGGUUGGCACUAAAUACAAUUAUAAAGACGUGGUUCAUUAUAAAUGUGAUUCUGGCUAUGAAAUACAAGGUGAUGCAGAACGGACUUGCCAAGAAAACAGGCUUUGGAGUGGGACAGUGCCAGUGUGCAGAAGAAUUACUUGUGGGCUACAUCCCUCAAUAGAAAAAGCAGAGACUAUUUCUACUGGAAGCACAUACAGAAGUAAUGUAACCUUUGUGUGCAACUCUGGAUACCAUCUUGUUGGGCCCCAGAAUAUCACAUGUCUUGCCAAUGGGAGCUGGAGUAAACCCUUGCCAUUGUGUGAAGCAAACCCUUGUCCUGUGCCUUUCAUAAUCCCAGAGAAUGCCCUUCUGUCUGAGGUGGAUUUUUAUGUUGGUCAGAACAUAUCCAUCAGGUGCAGGGAAGGCUACCAGCUGAACGGGCAGUCUGUGAUCACCUGUAAUGCUGAUGAGACUUGGACUCCAGCAACAGCUAAGUGUGAAAAGAUAUCUUGCGGCCCCCCAGCUCACACAGAGAAUGCUCUGAUUCGUGGUAGCUUCUACCAGUAUGGAGACAUGAUCACCUAUUCAUGCUACAGUGGGUACAUGCUGGAGGGACCCCUGCGGAGCAUUUGCUUAGAAAAUGGAACAUGGACAACACCACCUACCUGCAAAG